GUCGGUGGCGUGUGCAAAUGGAAAUGAUGCUCGCAUGAGUUGUUCAGCUUGUGGCGUUUUACAUUGUUGACGUGUUUGUCUCGUUGGUGAUAUUGUGCAAAUGAAACGAGUGCACAGCGCUCAGUUUGUAGUGAACAUCGUACCGUGCAUCAAGCUUUGACACUUUCGGUCGGAUAUUCUAUUCCGACGAUUUAUCGGUUUUUUUUUCUUGUUCAAAGGAUUGAAUUUGAAAUUAAAUUGAGCCGAAAAAUAUUCGUGAAAAAUUCAAAGGAUUUGAAUUUAAUUUUCUCAAACAAUUGUUUUUGAUGACAAAAAUGUGGAAAAGUUAAAUAUAAUUUUUUAAAGCGGUUUUAUUAUUAUUAUUUUUUCAAUAUUUGAUGUAAUUUAAUAUUGAACAUUAAAAGUGGGGAUUUUUUUAAAAAUGAAAUUUCCAUUGAAAAUUCAGGAAUGUGUUGGUGACAAUUGAUAAGUGCAAAAAUAAAAUUAACUCGGAAAAACUUAUUCUAAUUUGAAAAAAGACUGUCUGAUCAAAGAAUCAUUUAUCGUUCUUCAAUCAAUUAUCAAAAAAAAGGAAAAUUUCGAAAACUUGAGAUGAUUUUUUCGAGGUUCUUGCAAUUUCAAACAGUUUCUAGGUACUUUUGAUAGAUACAAGUGUUUGUGACAAGUUUCAAAAGCAAUAAUAGCAUCAACAAAGUAAUAAAAUGCAAGAAGUGUGCAGUUCGCUUGACACAAGCCAAUUGGGAUCGCAAAUAAAGACCGAGUCACAGAUCAGCGCAUUACAACAGCAAGCCAUGCAAACGAAAUUAGUGAAUAACUGUGAUAAGCGCCUCGAUGCAACGGCUUAUUGGAUGAAUGCAAUGCCGAACAACGGUAACAAUGGCAACGGAAAUGGGCCGACAAAUAUGUCGCCGACUGAAAGCGGAUUCAUUAAUUCGCAACCAUCGAUGGCGGAAUUCAUGACCCAUCUCGAUCCGGAUAGCCCGAAAAUGAUUGGCAAUCAGGGCUACAACGCUAUGCAAGGUGAUCAAUGCGAUAGCGUACCUGAAUACCCGUGGAUGAAAGAGAAGAAGACCGCGAGAAAAGGCAGCCAACAAGCUGAAUUCGUUGCCGAGAAUGGAUUGCCACGUCGACUGCGCACCGCGUACACAAACGUUCAAUUAUUGGAAUUGGAAAAGGAAUUUCAUUAUAAUAAAUAUUUAUGUCGACCACGACGAAUCGAAAUUGCAGCAAGCUUAGAGCUUACAGAACGACAGGUGAAAGUAUGGUUUCAAAACCGCCGAAUGAAACACAAGCGACAAACAUUGUCCAAAACCGACGAAGAAGAUAAUAAAGAUAGUCUCAAAGGUGACGAUGAUAGUCAGCCAGGCAAAGAUGCCCUAACUCCAGACUCGAGCUCGAAGAAAUCUUGCCAAGGAUGUGAACUACCGUCGCACGACAUUCCCGAUUCCACAUCGAAUUCACGUGGUCACAACAAUAACACACCAAGUGCCACCAACAAUAACAAUAACAAAAGCCUUGGUAACGUUACACCAAACUCUUCGUUGGACACGCCGAUUUCAAGCAAUAACAACAGUGGAAGCAAUCAUAUUAAGGGCAGCACCAUCAUCAGCGCUGACUCCAGUGUCGCAUCGAGCAUUAGUCUUGACGAGGACGAAGAAAGCCCAACUAAGGUUAAGAAAAAGGACGAACAUCAUGUAUUAAAGAAGGAAAUGCCAUUAGGAAAUGCGAAAAAUCCAUUUUACAACAAUUUCGAAAUGCAGCAACGUCGCGAUAUUUCGUCAGAUCAAUUUUCAUUGCCAUCAAAUCUAGCAAAUGUGCAAGCAACACCGCCGCCGCCACCGGCAUCGAAUAAUAGUGCCAUUCACAACAGCAACUACGGUCCAGCUCAAAUGUUGAUGAAACAAAAUCAAAAUAAUGCUAAAAAUCGAUUCCCCAACGCAAACGCUGCCGAUGCAUACUAUGGCAGCGGUUAUUUUGGCAAACAGUCGAAUCCAUCGAUUGAUUACUAUGGCAAAUAUGAGGUUGAAUUCGCAGCUCAUCAGCAAAAAGGUGCGCUGCCGAAUCAAAUAUCUGCAUUUAAUCAACAAUCGAAGGCUGAUUUUGCCGACACAAAACCGCCGGCCGAUUUUCAUCACGUUAAAGGUGAAAUUCAUCACGGCAUCAAACCCGAAUUUGUGCAACAACAACAUCACAAAAAUAUCGAAUUCCACCAUGGAAAAGCACCGAACUUCCAUAUAAACCAUCAAAACUUUUACAAUCAUCACGCUGCACCACACGUCACAAAUGUCGAUGGAGCGCAUCAAGUACCAUCAAUGCAGUACAAUGCAAACCAAUACUUUCCAAAUGAGUAUGGAGCAAAUAACGACCUAGAUGCACCGGCUGCCUACUACGAACAGAAAGCGGCAUCGGCUCAACAAAGCUAUUAUGAGAACAUGUACAACGCAGGCGGUAACAUUGCUGGAGAGUUCCAUAGCGUUAAUAAUGCCGCGUACGCAACGCCAUCUAACGGACAAUUGCCGGGUGAUCAUUGCGAUAGCUUUAUGUAUCCACAGUACUUUGAAGGGAAUCAUCAUGAUUCGAAUGUUUCGGUUUCGUUGCAAUCGUCGCAAGCACAGGCACAGGCCCAUAAUCACAUCGCACACGGGCAUAAUCCAACACAUCAAAAUCAACAUUUUAAUCAUGCCGUCGGCGGUCCACACUAUCACGGUGCACAACAACAUAUUAAUGGCAACCAACAUAUUUCGGCUUCACCUAUGGACAACUCCAAUAGCUCAUCCGAUUUUAAUUUUUUGAGCAACAUAGCCAAUGAUUUCGCACCGGAAUACUAUCAAUUAAGUUAGUUAGAAAUGAGCUUUCGACCGAAUCAAUUUUGAAUGCGAAUCGAUUCUGAGCUGCUGAAGUGAUGAGCGGUUCGAGGGGACGAGCAUACAAUUUCCACUCUAAAUUCAUAGUUCGUGCAUGUGCAGGGUCAAGCCAAAUACAUGUUUCGAACUAAAUCAGGAGUUGAUUAUAUUCAGAAAUUUAUAUCGUUAGUUCUGAUACUUUCGAAUCCUUCGCUGCGCAGUCAUCAAAUUGCAUAUAUUCCCGAAAAUGCUCACUUAAUUUUAGUUGCUAGAAAAGAAACUUGUACAUAUUUCAACGGCACAUGAAAUCUAUGCGCGAGAAGCGGAAACAUUAUAUUUUCCAAGUUCCACAAAGAAAUGCCUAGCAUUGUUUUGUUUGUUCAACAUUUUUGUAUUGUGGUAAAAAAAAAUUACAAUUUCAUACGAUUUGAUUUCAAAGAAAAAACAAUAAUUUUACCCAGUUUUAUAUGUUUACGAUUUUGAUAACCAGACAAUUCUUCGAAAACGUUUAUAAAAAUGAUUUUUUUUUCUUCAUCCGAAUGGUUUUUCAAUUCGUCUCGCGCAUAGAGCUGCGGCUAUAAAUAGAAUAUUAUCAUUAAAUUUAGCUUCAUUUGGCUUUUAUCGAGAGUUAAGUUAAUUAAGUAAUCAUCAUACACACAGCUGAAGUAAACAACAAUUUACAUCGUUGAUUUACUCUUAUGAUACAAACUUUGUGUAUAUUUGAUACGGUCAUGGAAAAAAGUUGGAAUGAAUUAUUGAGUUUCGACUCUGAACGGUUUUUUUCUCUCUAGAAAUGAUUGUAAUUUUUUGGGGGCUUUUUAAAAAGUGGAACUGUUAUCGUGUAUUUUUUAUGUUUACUUUGUUAGUGAUUUCAUGUUAAAUGCAAACUUCUGUUAAUCUAUAAUAAGAUGUAAGAGAGUCUCGCAUAUUGUUGAACGUUCACAUGGAAUGAGAUUUGUGCAUGGGUCAUUUGGAAAUGUUUUCGACCGGUCAAGUUCACUGAAAUCCUCACAAGUCUUUUGUCUAGUUUUCGAAUGCCAUACGAUUUGUCACCGCAUUAUGACGAAUGAGAAAGCGCAUCUCAUUCACACAAACACACACACACACACUUACACCGUUGAGAUUCGGCUUAAUCAAUGAAAUACGUAAUAUUUGAUAUUGAAUAAACUUUGUAGCUCUUACUCUUGCAUCACUUUUUCUAAAUUCGUGUAAAUAUUUGACAGUCUAAAAUCAUGGUAUGAAUACAAUUUUAAAUAUAAACCAUCUCUUUGGUAGGAAAAUUUAUCGGUGUAAAUGUAUGCUUAAAGGGAUACACAUAAAAUACAGAAUACACAUGGACAAAACCAAUCUAACUCUAUUUCGCGAUCAUAAAAUUGUCUUUGGAAUCUAGCAAAUAAGGAAAUCGAACUCACUCUAUAGAAAUUAUGUAAUAUUUUAUGGUAUUCUCACACAGCUGAAAUUAGAUUUUACUCUGUAAAACUAUUCCUAUUUCGAAUAGCAUUGAUAGUGCUAGCAAAUCAAAAUAUCUUUCUCUAAAAUGAACAUUAACUAAUAAUCUUAAUUCGAAUAUGGAUCCACUUUAGACAAAUUUCAAAUAUACUUAAAUGCAAAAUAAAGCAUCAUUUAAAGAUAUUAAUAUGAAAAAUAUA